CAACAACCACGACAAUGACGUUUGCGCCUUGCCUGCUAAACCGUUUCAUUGAUAUCCUACUGUUGCUUGGACAUAGUUCGACCUGAACAACCACCUAGACAUGACUGCAUAGUUUGUUAUAUAUCAUCAUCUACGCCGCCAUGCCGCACCCGCAUUCACCGAGGGGCGUGUCAGUCGCCUUGACGGCCGCCUUCUUGGCCUUGACCACCAUUUUUGCCGCCAUCUAUACAUUUGGUCUACCUGAACUCGAUUAUUGGCAUUGGAAAUCAAAUCAGAACCCUUUCGGAAAUCAUCCAUCUUCUCAAAAUGUAUUCGGUGCAUCUAACCGACCUUCGAUCUCGGACGACUACCUUGUCGGCGUCGGCAAGGCUGACAUUACUGGUCCCGUCGUCGAAAUCAAUCUCAUGGGCUAUGCCGACCCUGCUCAACUUGGCUCUGGUGUGAGACAGCGUCUUUACUCCCGUGCUUUCAUCCUUGGUGAUACCGAAAGUCCUCGUGACCGUUUCGUCUACCUUGUCCUCGACACUCAAUCCGGAGAUACCGCUGUCCGCAAUGGCAUCCUCGAAGGUCUUCAACAUCUUGGUCCCGAAUACCAAGUUUACGGAAGCCAGAACGUCGCUGUCACUGGAACUCAUUCUCAUUCUGGUCCAGGUGCUUGGCUGAACUAUCUGUUGCCUCAGAUUACCAGUCGAGGCUUCAGUCAUCAAAGCUAUCAAGCCAUCGUUGAUGGUGCUCUUGAGUCUAUAAAACAGGCUCAUGAGACGCUCAGCCCAGGUCAACUCUCUUUCGGUUCAGUCGAUAUCGAAAAUGCCAACAUCAACCGUAGCCCUUAUGCCUACCAGGCCAAUCCAGAAGCCGAGCGUAAGAGAUACGAGCAUAACGUCGACAAGACUUUGACUCUUCUCAAGCUGCGCAGAAACAGCGACAAGAAGGAUAUUGGCAUCUUGACCUGGUUCCCUGUUCACGGUACUUCGAUGCUGGGCAACAACACGUUGAUCACUGGUGACAACAAGGGCGUUGCUGCAUACCUGUUCGAGAAGCAUGCUGCUCAGCUGGACUCUACUGCUGAUGACUUUGUCGCUGGCUUCUCUCAAGCCAAUGUCGGAGAUACCUCUCCCAAUGUAAACGGCGCCUAUUGCGAAUCUGGAGAUGACGAAGGUAAGCAAUGCGACUUCAAGACGAGCUUGUGCGCUGGUAAGAACGGUCCUUGCCAUGGACGUGGUCCACACUGGGGACUGGACGACGCAGGUACAGCAUCAGCUUGGGAAAUUGGUCGCAGACAGUACCUUGGUGCUCGCUCUGUGUACGAGUCCAUGACUACUAAGUCUACCUUCACGCCCAUCCAGGGCAACGUGGUCCGCUCUCUGCAUACAUUCGUCGACAUGUCGAACCAGACUGUCAUUCUACGCAACGGCUCGAUAGCACAUACCUGCCCUGCCGCAAUGGGCUACUCGUUCGCCGCCGGUACUACCGAUGGUCCUGGAGCCUUUGAUUUUAAGCAAAACAACCCAGGCGACCCGAAUGCAAGUCCGGUCUGGGCUGUCGUCCGCAAUAGCCUGCAUUCACCCGGUCCAGAGCAAAUUGAUUGCCAAGCGCCCAAGCCCAUCCUCCUCGAUGUAGGCGAGACUGAAAGUCCUUACCUCUGGACACCCAACGUGGUGGACAUUCAGCUCUUGCGUGUCGGACAACUGCUCAUCAUCGUAGCACCGGGAGAAGCUACCACCAUGUCUGGCCGACGCUGGAAAGGAGCUCUUCAGAAAUAUGCUCUCGCCGCCUGGGACGAAGAAGACAACAUAGCUGAGCCAAUCGUCGUGCUUGGCGGCCCAGCAAACACAUACGCCCACUACAUUGCGACAGAAGAAGAAUACGGCAUCCAACGCUAUGAAGGCGCAUCAACCCUUUAUGGUCAACACACUCUGGCCGCCUACAUAAAGCUCUCUCUUGCACGUCUACCCUACCUCUCUGCCUCCUCGAUCUCGAACUCGCCUCUCCUUCCUCCCUCUCACCCAUCUCUACCUCUCCUUCCCUCUGGCCCCGAACCUCCCAUCCACACGAAUAAGUCCCUCAGCUUCAUCUCCCCGGUCGUUUUUGACCGCUCCCCCCUCUUCAAAUCCUUUGGCGAUGUAGUCACGGAUGUCUCACCCCGCUACGCCAUCUCCACCUCUCCCAUCAUCAAAGCCUCUUUCGUCGCCGCCAACCCACGCAACAACCUCCGUCUCGGUCUCACCUUCGCCUCUGUCGAAAAAUACACCAAUCAAGGAACUUGGCAACAAAUCCGCAACGACGAAGACUGGAGUCUGGUUUUCCAAUGGGAGAGAACUUCCACCACGGCCGCCACUUCUCAAGUCACCAUUUCUUGGGAAUUGGGUUGGGAGCUGGGAGAUUGGGGAAGAGUUGAGAAGACCACCGAUAAGAUGGUCGGACAUGAUUUGGAAUUGGAGAAGAGAGGUAAGGUGGAGGAGGAAUUGAAGGGGAGGUAUAGGAUCAGGUAUUUUGGAGAUAAGAAGGGAAUUGGAGGUGGUAUUAGUGGAUUUGAAGGUGUCAGUGGGGAGUUUGAACUUGUGUAAAUAUACACGCGGUAUAGUAGAUUUUUGUGUAAUUAGUCUUUAGGGAAUCGGUCAUGAAAUCACAAGGUUUUCAUUGGCUA